CAUAAGGAAGCCAAGUGUUUGCUUUCAAUUGACCUGGCACUGUGCUUAGCUCAGGGGACACAACAGUCAUAAAAGAGACCCAGUAUUUGCUCUCAUGGAGUUUUACAGUUAAGUUGGGGAAGCAGACAUAGAUCAGAGAAUCAUAAAUAAAUGUCAAAUUGCAAUUGGUGUAAGACCAACAAUGGAAAUGUACACAAGAGGGUAGGACUCAGGGUAUCUGAUUGGGGCAUUUAAGUCAAGACCUGAAGGAAAAAAAAAAAGGCCUGAAAAAUGAGUAGAUGUUGGGUAAAGCAUAGGAGAGCUGUCCCAGCAGAGGACAUGGACUGGGUGAGGCCUCAAGGUGGUGUCUGUCCAGAGUGAAGCAUCUAUUUCAAGCAAACAUGACUGGAGCAUAGUGACCUAGGGGAUGAGGUAGAUGGGGUCUUGGAGCUUGCAAGGCUAUAUAUAUUAAGAGGAUUGGCUUCUAAGAGCAAUGGGUGUGACAUCCAAAAUCCUCCAGUGGCCUACAAGGCCAUCAUGAAGAAGCCACGAGCAGCUGUGGGAAGUCAUUGCAGGAAGCAGGCAUCCAGCCAGGAGAGAAGGAAGAAACAUGCCCCCAGCAGCAACCAGGCCAAGCCCUCUGUCUCUGAUGGCCUGGCCAGGCGACAGGAGGAGGUGGGAUUGCAGGCCUCUGUCUGCCCGGACCAUCUAUUCAGAGAUACAGCUGAGGUCACAGUCUUCCGGGAGAGCCUGCUGAGCUGGUACGACCGAAAGAAGCGGGACCUACCCUGGAGAAGACUGGCAGAAGGUGAGGAGGACCUGGACAGGCGGGCAUAUGCUGUGUGGGUCUCAGAGGUCAUGCUGCAGCAGACCCAGGUUGCCACGGUGAUCGACUAUUAUACCAGAUGGAUGCAGAAGUGGCCAACACUGCAGGAUCUGGCCAGUGCUUCCCUGGAGGAGGUGAACCAGCUCUGGGCUGGCCUGGGGUACUACUCUCGAGGCCGGAGGCUGCAGGAGGGAGCCCGGAAGGUGGUAAAGGAGCUCGGGGGCCAUGUGCCACGUACAGCAGAGACCUUGCAGCGGCUCCUGCCUGGUGUGGGGCGGUACACAGCUGGAGCCAUUGCUUCCAUUGCCUUUGGCCAGGUGACCGGUGUGGUAGACGGGAAUGUGGUGCGGGUGCUAUGCCGUGUCCGAGUCAUUGGUGCCGAUCCCGGCAGCACCCUUGUCUCCCAGCAGCUCUGGAGCCUAGCCCAGCAACUGGUAGAUCCAGCCUGGCCGGGAGACUUUAACCAAGCAGCCAUGGAAUUGGGGGCUACAGUGUGCACCCCACAGCACCCACUCUGCAGCCAAUGCCCUGUGCAGAGCCUGUGCCGGGCACACCAGAGGGUGGAGUGGAAACAGCUCUUAGCCUCACAGAGCCUGCCAGGCAGUCUUGAUGUGGAGGAGUGUGCUCCCAGCACUGAACAGUGCCGGCUGUGCGCACCUCCUGCCGAGCCCUGGGACCAGACCCUGGGAGUGGCCAGCUUUCCCAGAAAGGCCAGCCGCAGACCCCCCAGGGAGGAAUACUCAGCCACCUGUGUUCUGGAGCAGCCUGGGGCCCCUGGGGGUGCCCGAAUUCUGCUGGUGCAGAGGCCCAAUUCAGGUCUGCUGGCAGGGCUGUGGGAGUUCCCGUCUGUAACCAUGGAACCCUCUGGGCAGUGUCAGCGCAAGGCUCUGCUGCAGGAACUGCAGAGUUGGGUGGGGCCCCUCCCUGCCACUCGCCUGUGUCACCUUGGGCAGGUGGUCCACUCCUUCUCUCACAUCAAGCUGACCUAUCAAGUAUACGGUCUGGCCCUGACAGGGCAGGCCCCAGUGACAAUCACACCACCUGGCGUUCGCUGGCUGACCCGGGAAGAGUUUCGCACUGCUGCUGUCUCCACUGCCAUGAAAAAGGUGUUCCGUGUAUAUGAAGGGCAACAUCCAGGGACCUACAAGAGUUCCAAAAGAUCCCAGGUGUCUCCUCUGUCCAGUCGGAAAAAGCCCAGCCCAGGCCAGCAAGUCCUGGAUAGUUUCUUUCGGCCCAUCAUCCCCACUGAUGCACCUGGACUCACCAGUGUGGCCCAGUGAUACCUCUGGAAGUCCCCACCCCUUGUGAAUCCUGUUUAAUAAAUUGCUUAUUUUUAUA